GCGGGGAGCGGGCGGCGGGAGGGCUCACCUGCGCGGCGGCGGGGCCAGAGCCGGAGCCGGGUGCGGAGCAGAGUAGAGCGAGGGGAGGCGAGGCGGCGUGGGCCUCCUCCUGUGUUUCCUCCUCGUCUUCGUCCUCUCGCCUCUCCCGUGCGCCGCGCUCCGUUGAGCCGCCCCGGUGUGGCGGCGGCGGCCGGGCCAUGGUGCGGCGCGCCCGGCUGGCGCUGGUGGCGGCGGCGCUGGUGGCGCUGGGGGCGCCGGGCGGGCAGGGAGCCCGGGCGCUCGAGUGGUACACGGCGUGGGUGAGCACGAGCUACGUGGAGCCUCUCAGCAACCGCACGGUGCGGGGCAGCACGGAGAGCGGCCGCUACGGGGACAGCUCGCCCAAGGAGAGCGCGCAGGGCCUGGUGGGCAUCCCCCGCGGCGCCUCGCCCCGCCACAUGGAGGGCUGCGCCGCCGACACCGACUACGACGUGCCGCUGCCCGCCGGCGGCCGCCCGGCACCCGACGGAGACCCGCCGGCCUGGAUCGCGCUGGUGGCCCGCGGCGGCUGCACCUUCAAGGACAAGAUCACCAACGCGGCCAGGAAGCGGGCGGCCGCCGUGGUCAUCUACAACGAGGCCCGCUUCGGGAACAGCACCGUCUCCAUGUCCCACCUCGGAACAGGAAAUACAGUGGUGAUAAUGGUUGGUUAUCCGAAGGGAAUAGAGAUAUUGGAGCCAGUACGAAGAGGCAUUCCAGUAAGAAUGACCAUUGGUGUUGGCACACGUCACGUGCAGGAAUAUAUCAGUGGCCAGUCGGUUGUGUUUGUCGCCAUUGCCUUCAUCACCAUGAUGAUUAUAUCGCUUGCUUGGCUGAUCUUUUACUAUAUACAACGUUUCCUGUAUACAGGAUCACAGUUUGGAAACCAGGGACAUAGGAAAGAAACCAAGAAAGCAAUCAGCCAGCUUCAACUGCAUACUGUGAAACGUGGAGACAAGGGUUUAGAUGUUGAUGUCGAAAACUGUGCUGUGUGCAUUGAGAACUAUAAACUGAGAGAUACUGUCCGAAUUCUGCCAUGCAAGCACAUCUUCCAUAGAACGUGCAUUGACCCUUGGCUUUUGGAUCACCGAACUUGUCCAAUGUGUAAACUAGAUGUUAUCAAAGCUUUGGGAUACUGGCACCAGAAAAGAGAGAGGAAGACACAUGCGGGCGACCCUGAAGAUGCACUUGAAGUUCCAAUCCCUGAAUCGAUAAGUGGCAGUGUUUCAGUUGGAAGUCUGAGUAUUGCUUUACAAGAAGAUGACAGAAAUGAAGUAAGCGAACUGUCAGCUUCCUCCACCAGUGAAUCCGUGUUGCAGUGUACCAGUUUAAAAGAGGAUGCAGGUGAAACCACAGCAUUACUUGAUGUGGAUAUCAGUAAUAACCGGCAUGGAGAACAUCUAUCUAACGGGAAUUCCCACUGAGCUGCUUCAUGGAAGAUACCUUGGAUAGACUGCUGAAGAACUAUUUUUUAUUUAAGUAGUAUGAACUUUUGUCUGGUUAAUGGAAAAAUAACAAUGUAAAUUAUUUUACCUUUCGAACUUUUCUAGCUGGUGUUCCAAAAGGGCUAAUAACUAAAAAUUUUAUACACAAGAGGAUUUUAUAAAACUUCCUCUGGAUGUCUCAUCCUAUAAAAAGAUGCAAUAACCCUUUUUCUGUAAGCAUUGUUACAAUGUCAUUGUGUUUCAGAGGGCUGUAACAAGAUGAAGACAAGGCAGUGAGACAGUGUAGAAUGUCAAAUGGAUAAAUGUUUUGGAAGCACUACUCACAUUCAGCGUGUAUAUAUGUGGAGAACACUUACAAGACUACAGCGAUUAAAAUGUUCUGAAAGUUCUGAUCUGUUGUAAUUGGAGAUGGACAUUGUUAAAAAAGACACACAGUAACCUUUGAAGGAAUCAAAUAUCUUAAUGGGUAUAUUACAUAUCCUCUUUGGUGAUGAAAAAUUAGUAAAUGCAACUUUCCAUACGUAUAACAAAUACUAAUUUGCUCUUGUAAUGUGUUCCACUGAGAGAAAAAGGAGACUUUCUCUGUCUCACUAGCUUCUUAUACUGAAUUUGGCAGUAAUAGGUUGUGCUAGGUGGUUUUCACGUGCUGAGCAUGUAGACUUAUUUAGGUAUAUGCACACUGGUUACCUCUUUCAAUCUUAAACUCAGUAGAACAGAGGUAAAGGGCUAACUAUGGCUAAAAUGUAUUUAUUAGUCUAUUUAUAAGAUUUUAAUUCUUCCUUAUUCCUGCUCCCAUCUUUAUGUGCAAAUUGGAACUGUUUCUUAGGACUUAAAAACAUUUUUUCCGUGUAGAGAUGCUAGAAUUCUUUUCCUGGAGAUUCCAAAUUAAGGGGUUUUGACUGGGUUUGUCACUAGCUUUCAUCCCUUUCUUUCAGAUUAGCAGUAUUGUGCCUUAUAGUCAAACACCUGUGAAACCUGAAGCAUCCGAGAGUAAAUAUAAACCCUGACAUCUCCCAGUAUGACCUCUUAUUCAAAUAUUUAUAUACUCUUAAGCAGUAUAGGGAAUUGCUAAACUGUUUUGUAAAGAAAUAUGUAUAUUCAAAACACUACUUAAUAAGGGUAUUAAAUGAAUCGCGUAGGAUUUUAGCAUUGUCAUGUAUAAAUGUGCUAUGUUCCUCAAUUUAUUUGGGUAAAGCUGUUAUUACAGGUUGCUUAAAACAGUGUCUAUUACUAGACAUUUCUUUUAGAAUGCAUUUCGUUUUUAAAAUGUACAUUUGGAAUGUUUUUAAGACAAUAUGCAAUUCUUUUUCUAACUUACAUUGAGCUUCAGUAGAAGCAAUAACUUUUCUUAAGUUUAGAAUGAAUGUUCCAGAAUUGAGAGAUUUCAUCUGGGGAAAUACAGUCUGAACUUCUACUUUGCAGAGCAGAUGUUUCAUCCUAAAUUUCCUUCAAAGUAUUCCUGUUAAUGCUUAAUGACAAUAAUCUGCCUCUUCCUUGUAGGAGUGUAAUUUUUAGGUUUACUGGAAAAAUUGUCAGGUUGUAGUUCUGAUGUCACCAGCAGGUGCAAGUUUUUGUGAUGCCUUUAUCUUACAAGAAGCACAUGAGAAUGGAAUAUGACUGACCAAGCAUCUCCAAAACUGAACAAAUAAAAAAACAGCCCACAACUAAAACAAUGUGUAGGGACGCUUGUCUCCAAAAGAAGCCUAUCAACAUUUCCAGAACUGCCUUUUCAACUAUCUCUUCAACAUUAUGAACUAAGUCUUCUCCCUCUUCCUUAACACAAAAUUGAACAUUGUUUUUUUAGUAAAUGUUGAGAGGGUUUAAACUCUAGCUCAAGGAGGAACCAAGAGGAAUUACCAAGAGAAGUCUUGUUAAUCUGUGGAUUGUAUCUUGCUGAUAUCUGCAGUGCAAUAUUCAUGCUGGAGGGGAGAAAUGUGGUGAGUACUUCAACUUUUAAGUAUUAUCUCUAAAACAAAAAGCUUUGGUUUAGAACUGAAGCUGAAAUCUGGAAGGAAGGGUAGAGAACCUGCAAACUGACAAGUGUGCUUAGAAAAUCUGAAGUGUUGACAACUUUAGAAAAGUGUCCAAAUAUUGAAGGUUCCUGGAAGACGUCUGCUGCUGACACUGUACCUAUUUAAUGCUAAGUGUCACAGGAGUGUUUGUACGUAGUCUGUCAUCGAUACAGUUAGGUCUUGUAAGGCCAGCUGUGCUGCUGAGGAAUGAUGACAAUAAAAGGCCGAAUUGCAGUGCCUCCAAUAAACAGUUUGCUCUCGUUGGAAGCACAAUGACAAAAUUGUCCGAAGCGAAUGUUGGUCUGACCUCAGAAAGCUUCUGUACAUCAAUAAAAAUAGUGGUAGUGUGAAAAUAAAGAAUGGGAAAUAGACAGUCAAUGGAAGUUAAAGCAGUAGCAAGAGGCUUAGAAACAUGAAGCAUAUCAUCUAUGGUUAGAACUGAAAUAGACCACUUACUCUGAGUGGGUGAAGGCAGCUCUGGGUAAAUACAGGUACCCAGAUUAUGUAUAUAUAAUUUUACUUAUGGUAGGGUAGAUGUCCUUUCACUUCCUUCCCCACCAUUUGGAGAAGCUAUAAUCUGCCUCUCCGUUGAGGCUAUUUCCUGCUUAAAAUGUGAGCUAAUGCUGUGGGUUCUCACUCUAGCUGCACAUUUUUUCAUAAAACAUGCAAGGACUUCUCUCUGAGAUUUGUUUCUUUGUCAGAUUUUGUUGAAAUCCUCCAGAGUGGCUGGAGGCAUCCACGCAGUGUGAUUAUGAAGUGGACAGGAUGGAAUGCUCAGCCCCACUGGACAGUGUUGAGUAAAUAAAGUGGGGAAAAUCCCCAGUAGGACUGAGGAAUGUAAUUCUUAUAGGAUGUUGAAUUUCAUUGGAAUGGUAUUCAUUAGUAUCAUUUCAUUACUUCUUGUGGUACUGUUAGGGAGAAAACUUGUAAAGUGCAAAACAUUUUAGAAGGAGAUAAACAUUAAAUGGGCUGGUGUUUAAAGGGAGACUGAAUCCCCCUCUCUGUUUAAAAAAAACAACUUAAUAAUAUUGUCUAAGAAUGCUGAAAAAUGUAAUAGUAUUUUUUUAAAACCUAGCUGCAGCUUUUAGACCUGUUGGCAAGAAAAAAAUGAACUUUAGACAUUUCAAAUUGAAAUGCAUCUUAACUGUAAGUUAAAUUACCAGUGGUACCUGUUUAACUAGACAAUUUGGAUUUUUUCCACUAACUACCUCUAAUCAAGGCUGCAUUCUUCUAAGCAAAAAUGGGCUUCAAGCAAUGUGUGGAUGAGGUUCUCCGCAGUACUUGAUUAGAUAGCAGUAACUCCUGCUGGGACCUACCUCCAAGUGUAUGAAUGUCAUCCAGUUGUCUUUUGCCUGUAAUCAGUGCUAGAUUCUUAAGAGAAGGCAUGCCAGAGGAGUUGUAGGAUGAUUUAAUCACAGUGAGAAUGUUUUUUUUUUAAAAAAAAAAAGCAAGCUCUUGCUUACGUAAUGAACUGGGUGCUUGUAUAUUCCUGCCAAAGCUGCCCUCUUAACUGCACUUAAGGAAUUUCUUUCCUAUUCAGGGAUGUAAUUGGGCACAGGGAAAUACUGUUGCAUCAACCUUACUGAAACAUGCAAAGUAUUUUUUUAACCUCUUCUUGAUUUUUAGGGUGGUCUUCUGGUUUUCUGCCCUGCCUUCUGGGUUUUCUCUAAGGCAAGGCAGUAGUGGCUUUGCAAAGGAGCCCAGCAAAUAUGUGAUGAUGGCUGUCUCUUCUAUCCCUGCGCUUCAGAGGGUGCUUGAGACAUCUGAGAUCUACACUCAGAGGUUUUGAUAAGCUCCAUCAGAAGCAAAUGUAUUGGUUUUACAUGAUUGUAGCUGCCCAGAGAGGUGGUAGAUUUUCCAUCUUUGGAGGUGUUCAAGACCAGGUUGGAUGGGGCAUUGGGCAACCUGUUUUAGUACCAGAUCUGGAGGUUGGUGGCCCUGCCUGUGGCAGGGGAGUUGGAACUUGAUGAUCCUUAGGGUCCCUUCCAACCCGAGACAUUCCAUUCUAUGAAAGGACUGGAGGUAAUGGCCUCAAGUUGCACCAGGGGAGGUUCAGGCUGGAUAUUGGGAAACAUUAAUUCUCAGAAAGAGUAGUGAUGCACUGGCACAGGCUGCCCAGGGAGGUGGUGGAGUCACCGUCCCUGGAAAUAGUCAAGAAACAUGUGGCUGUGACACUGAGGGACAUUGUCAGUAGGCAUGGUAGGGAUGUGCUGGCAGUUGGACUAGAUGAUCCAAGAGGUCUUUUCCAGCCUUAAUGGUUCUAUGAUAAAUAGGAUAACAUAUUGGGCUGAUGAUGUAACUGCCCAAUGAACGCAAACUUCUUUUGUAUAGGCAAGUCUAGAUAAGCAGCUGCUGUUAGCAAUACCGAUCAUUACUUGAGGUUAAGAAGGGCAUUGUGAAUUAAUAAGUGCAGCUAAGUAAUAAAUACAUGGCUCUGUUACACAUCAGCAUCCUAGCGUUCAGUAAAACUGUGAAUUCUUGCUCAAAAGAGCCAUAGGAGUUUGGUCUUGGCCUUAUUUUGAGUGGAGAGGUUAUAUGAGUAGCUGUGAGAGGUUGGAUGUCUUUGGCUGGAAUUUGUAAUUUCCUUAAUUUGAAGUUUAAGUCCAAAGCACUAGGUACUGAAUGCAGCAUUUCUGUGCCCGACAAAUAUUCUGAAGUUGUUAAGGAAGUACUGACUACAAGGAGAGGUGGAACUGAAAUGUAGCAGAGAAGAUAACUGGCAUUAUCUCGUCAGGUUAACCUGGAGGGAAUAGUGUUCUUGAUGUUGGCAGCUUGACAACAGACUGUUCUCUUCCACAUGUUUCACUUCAGCCACCAGUUUGGGUGAGACUUCACAAGAUGGCUCAAAGCAAUUGAACAGCUUGCUGAUACAAGAAGAGAAGAGUGGUCUUUCCCAGUUUUCCUUUUAUGCUUCAACUGUUUACUUUGUUCUGGCUCUCACAUUCAAACUUAAGAGUAUGUGAUAAACUAACUCCGCUCAAGUGGCAGAAAAAUACAUCCAUCCAAGUGGUAUUUUGACAAGCUAGGAGGCUGUGUAUCCUUACUGCCUAAUAGAAUGAGUUUUGGAGCUAGGCUAAGCGAAUGAGCGGUUUGGGUGGAGGAGGAGGGCAGGGCAACUCCUCUUUGAGUUGAGAUGUACUUUUAUAGUAGGGCCACGCUAGAGUAAAAUUUAUGAGAAGUGGCAGCAGUGAUUUUUCUGUCCUUGAUGCUGAUCUUUACUAGUUGUUCUUUUCUCUCACAGGUGAUAUGUGAAGAUUUGAGAAUUGGAAUUGUAGAUUAAACAUGCACAAAUCAAGCUGGUGGCUUUUGUUUUUGUUCAGUAUGGGUCCUAAUCUCUCUCCUCGGAUAUCCUGGUGUAUUGCAAAACUCGAUUUGAGAAAGUUUAAAAGUAGAAUGUCUCUACGAUUGCAUGUGUUUGUGUGAAGAAUGCAUUGCCUGGAAGCCGUUCAUUAUUCUUCCAUUGGACCUGACGCUAGUUUUCACCAUCUGAAACAUGGUAAAGAUACUGUAUUUUUAAAUGAGCACAUCCUUCUCAAUUGACAACAGCAAAAUAAUUUGAGUUUCCAUCAUUUCAUUAGUCUGAAGCUUAAGUCCAAAGCUUUGAAUUCACUUCUACUAGAAACAUAACUGCAGAUUACCACUUGAACUUGCUAGUCUUUGUCAACAACUAUUGACAAUCAACUUUCAUGGUAACCUUGUGCUAACUCGGCUGCAUUGAUUGAUUGGAUUAAGCACCAAACUGUUUUUUCCAUUGUGUAUGUACAAUUAUAAGAAUGUCAAGUUAUGCAUUGUUGAUGUAACUUAAUGGCUAAAAGCUCAAAUUCCAUAAUAAAUUAUAUGGACCUUUUGAAAAGCAACA